GCACUUUGCACGUGGCUGGCUUCUGAGCUCCCAUUACAUUUACUGAUUUAUAUUUUAAUAUCAUCCUUAACCUUUUUACAAUGCCCCUUUUUAGACCCAUGGCCCCUUACAACAACAACUGGAUAGAUGACAGGGUUAUAAUUUUUAAUGAAACACCUAAAAAUCCCCAAUCUUCUAAGCCGCCAUCACAGAAGGAUUCUUCCGGGCACACCCUUAAAAAAACUCCCGCAAUGAGUAACAAGCAGCGAUCUGCUGGUGUUAAUCCCGUACAAAUUGAACAAUCUGAGAACUUAGCUGUUAAGAGGGUAUCUGUCGCUGCAGCUAAAGCCAUUGCUCAAGCUAGAGCCGCUAAGGGCUUAACUCAAAAAGACUUAGCCACCAAAGUUAACGAGAAACCUACUGUGAUAACCGAAUAUGAAAGUGGCAAGGCUAUUCCUGAUCAACAAAUAUUAGCUAAGCUUGAGAAAGCUUUAGGCGUCAAGUUACGGGGUAAAGACGUCGGCGCGCCCUUUACGCAGAGCAAAGAAAAGGUCAAAAAAUGAUUAAAGGGUAACUCGUAGCCCUUCUUGGAUAGCUACUUAUGCUAUA